GUUACGUAAUCAGUGAUGGUUCAUGUUCCCCGUGUACACUGUUCCGAGGAUUUGUGCGAAUCCUAAAUAGAUAAAUACAUUUUUUUGUUUCUCAUCAUGAAUUAAGUAAUUUGUUGUUAUUUUCGUUUGCACUAAGUACUAAUGUUUAUAAAAUGCCAGUUGAUUUUCGGGACUGUUUUUGGGGUGAAGGAAACAAUGGGUUUGAUGUACUGUACCGUAACAUGAAAUAUGGCUAUGUAGUUACUAAAGAUUUAGCAGAAUUUUUUAAAGAAAGGUCAGUUAUAGAAGAAACAAAUUCUAAAUUGUUAUCAAAGUUAGCAAAACAUGCUAGUAAUUGCUGUUCACAAGGGAGCUUUGCUCCUUUAUGGGCAAUUCUCAAGACUUCCACAGAAAAAUUAGCAACUCUGCAUAUGCAAAUGGUUCAAAGGUUCCAAGAGCUUAUCAAAGAUGUUAUAAAGUAUUCUGAGGAUCAACAUAAAAGGCAUAAAAUAUGUAAAGAAGAAGAAUCUGGUACGAGUGAUGUUGUACAAAAUAUUCAACAAACUACAAUUUCUCUGCAGAAGGCUAAGGAAGCAUUUAAUGCUAGAUCUAUAGAAUAUGAGAAGUUGAAAAGAGAAAAUGCAUCUCUAAAAGAUCUAGAAAAGGCAGAGUUGAAGUGUAAGAAAGCAUGUGAAGAUUACAAGUCGUAUAUUGAAAAAUACAGCCUUGUCCGUGAAGAUUUUGAAAAGAAAAUGAUGGUUUCUUGUGAGCACUUUCAAAAUAUAGAAGAAGCGCAUAUCAAGCAAAUCAAAAUAUUCUUGUCUAAUUAUGCUCAUGUCCUGGAGAGUGGUCAUGCAUUAAUAGGACAGGUAUAUGUUGAAUUUGUUGAGCAAUGUAAUGAGAUGGAUGUAAACAAACUUCUGGAAUAUUUGGUCAAUGAAAGAGGCACAGGAUCUGACAGGCCAGGUGCUGUUAUCUUUGAAGAAGCUGAUCUUUCACCAUUGGGUCAGUGCAAUUCUCCUGAUUCAUCAGAAAACCAGGGUGAGGAGAAGACUUACAAAAAAGAAGGUAAAAAAAUGUCACUUCAUCGCAAAAGCAAACCAUCCCGCCGAACUACCUCCUUACUGGACUUGUUUUUUUCAUCAUCCCUUGGUAACUCUGAACCAAGUGGAGAGCCUAACUCUACAACAGCUAAUAGUCAGAGUGAUGGCACUGAAACUGCAACAUCUAAGUCAACUCCCCCAGUUAGUAAUGCCCUGAAUAGGACAAACUUCCGAGCCUCAAAAUACUGGCAAUCUUAUUGGAACUCCUGGAGUUCAGGGUUUCUAAAAAGUAAAAGAGAUAAAAGAAAAGAAAAGAAGAAAAAGAAAAUGAAUGGUUCCAAAGAGGAUUCAGUAACAAGUGGGGAUGACAAAGAUUCUCAAGAUCGAGUCCCAACCAGCCCGCAAAUUGAUGCUGAGGGUUUUACCAUCAGACCUCAAGAAAGGAAUCAAGAUUAUAUGAAGGAUGAUUUUUAUUCCAGUUCUGAUAACGAUUCAGAUGAUGAUCGAGUGGGAAGGAUACACAUUGAAAUCAAACCUGUGAGCAAUAGCACUGGUAUGAGUGCUAGUAUUGAUGAGCUUAUAGCUACAGUUGGUACCUUUUCUUUAUCACCUGAUCCACAGCGCACAGCAAAUAGACCUGCUAGCAGUGCUGCUUCUACUCCUGAUGAAGGUCCAUUAAAACGGUCGAUUUCAAUGUCGAAUCCUCUAAAUAAAGCUGAUGGUGAUAUCUUCAGCAUUUUCAGUCCGAGUGCGUCGAGUGCCUCCACACCUACUAGCUCUGCUGUAGGAGGAUUUCCAAGUCCUCCAAUUAGUGUUACCAACUCCAAAGCUCCUUCUUCUGCUGAUAUGACUCAGAAUUCAGAUUCAAAGUAUUCUGUAUUAGGUGAAACAUCUUCAGAAGUUGAGCCUGAAUUGAUCAAUAACACUGCCGAAGUGCAAAAGCCAAUCUCCACAAGUCGAGGUGGGACUCCUACAGGGUCAAUAAUACCACAUGCGCUUCCACGUCCCCCUUCGAGAAGAGCCUUUGAAGCUUCAACUCGAGGUCGUAUGUCUCCCCUUCCCUAUGCAAUGACCAGAACAGAGAGCAUUGGAAGUCUGACCAGUGAUUUCAAAACUACAUCCAUGCCUGUUGGAUCUUCAAGAGGUCCUUCGCCAUUGACUAUAGGCAUGAGUGACACCAUUCCGUUAGCUGUGGCAUUUAAUGAAAUUGUAAAUGCAUGCUUCAAAGGAACUGAUGAAUUAAGAUGUCAAGUUCGUUUAAUGGGUGAUAUGAAAGUGUCUUUUCCAGCUGGAAUUGUUCAGGUUCUUGCUAAUAAUCCUUCCCCUGCUCAUCUCAUUUUCCGUUUAUCCAAAGCCAGUAAACUUGAAAAUAUACUGCCAAAUAAACAACUUAUAACCUUGGAUGCUAGUCAAAGUACGAAGGAGCAAUAUGUGUAUGACUUCAACAUGCAAGCCUUGACUGGUUUACUAAGGAAGCAGUAUGAACAAACUCCAUCAGCUUCCUACUUCAAUAUCGAUAUUCUAAAGUACCAUAUCAAAGCUCUACAGGGAGCUAAAAGCACUCCAUUACAUCUUGUGGCAUAUUGGAAAUGUGAACCAUCUUCUACCGAUCUAAGAAUCGACUACAAGUACAAUUCUUCAUCAAUGGCAACAUCAUCUGGUUUGUCAAAUAUUAACAUCAUAGUUCCUGUUAAUGGUGGUGUCACUGAUGUGCAGUCAAAACCUAAAGUUAUAUGGAAUAGUGAUACUAGCCGUGCUAUGUGGAAGAUCCCAGAGUUGUCUCAUACCUCUGAGGGUGGUGGGUUAGGUUCUCUUAGAGCUCAUUUUGAUUUGAGUUCUGGACCUUCCACCCCUUGUGCUCUAGCUGCUCAGUUUCUUUGUAGUAAUGCUUCCUUGUCUGGAGCAGAUUUUGAACUUGUCGGUUUAGGAUAUCGCCUGUCAUUAGUCAAGAAACAGGUGAUUGCUGGCAAAUACCUGUGUGAGGCAGAUUGUGUAACCAGUAACUCUGCAUAAUAGUACAUUCUAUUCUCAUCUGUAAAAUCAUUCCAUUGGUGAUAUGCAAUGAAGCCAAUAAUGUGUUCUAUUACACAGUGCAAAGAAAUAGUCUUCAUCUGAACUCUGAGUUUAUGGAAACGGAAAAGGAAUGGCCAAAAAUCAUUGUAAAUAAGCCCCUUCUUACCAUUUUGCAAGUUAAAAAAAAUGCCCCAACAUGUACCGUUGGCUGGUGGAAUGAUCAUAAAAAGAUUUAUGACUUUUGCUGUGAAAGCUUUAGCAUUCACUGCAUUAGGGCAUGCACCUUUUUUUCUUCUCUAAAUCUAUGCAAAUCUCUAUUUAACAUGUUAUUAUACUAUGGUUGCUGAGUUUUUAUUUUAAAUGUUUAAAAAACUUUUUUUAAAAAAAAGGUGAUUUUCUGAGCCACGUUAUGUGUGCAAAUUAAGGUUUAUUUUAUGGAUAUGGGAGAACAGUAUUGUUUAAUGUAAUUUUCAAAUUUUUAUGUUAAGUUUUGUAAUUGAAUAAAUGUAAUGUAAAUAAUUAUAUUUGUAAAAAAAAAUGAGUGUAAUUUAAAUGUGAACACUGUAUAAUUGUAUAAUUAAUACAAAGUAACGAUAUCUGAAAGAUUCUCGCCAAUUUUUUAUAUUGAAAUUUUUGAAAAAUAUUAUAUUUUAUGGAUUUAUUUAAUUACUUUUAAUCAUCUCAUUGAUAGAUUUUUACAAAAUUAAAAUACUAAUUUUAGAAUCUUUAAGAAUUAAAUUAAAAGAAUGAUUGAAAUUAUUAUUGCUUAUUUACUAGCUAUAAUUAUUAUUUGUUUGCCAAGCAUGAAAUUAUUUUAAUAUUUCUCUUGCAUGCUAAUAAAUUAAUUUGUGAGAUUAUGUUAUUUAGAAUAGGCAUGUAUAUAUUAAAUGUAUACUUUGAAAUUGCUUGAGCUUGCAAACAGUUUGCAUUUGCUAAAUGAAAUACCUUUUUUUGCUGGAUAUAAUUUCACAGCAUUGGUAUUUGAAAGAAUAGGAGAAUGUAACUUAAGAUCUGAAUAUAAAUGAAAUAAUUUGCCUUAUGGAAAAGUUGGUUGGAUACUAAAAUGAUUUCUUCUGGAAUGAUAGUUUUUAUAUAUGUAACCUGCACUUCUCUUAACUUGUACCGCUUGACAGAUUUAUGUAAUUUUUAUUAGUAUAUUACAUAAUCUGAUAUUAAUUUAUGAUAUAUAAAUAUAAUGUUCAAAAAAAUAUCUACACAUGGCUUUAAUUAUUUUUGAAACUAUACAUUAGAUUUUAUUGUAAUCAAAGCUUUGAAAUUAUAAUGCUGCUUUGAAUUUUUUUAAGCUAUUUUUUUUUUGUUUAAAAAAUUACCACUGAUUGUCCUUUAGUCUAUGUGCAGGUUAGGUGCAUGUCCAGUUUGUAACACAUGAAACUGGAUGUUUGAAAUGUGAAUUCUGUACAUUUAUCUGUAAACUGCUGUUUUUUAUAAAUAUAUAUAAAAAUACCAUAUGUAAAUAUGCUCUAGUUUUUUAACUUUUGAUCUAGAUUUAUAGUGUUAUAUUUUUUGUAUUUUAUUUUGAAAGCACUAGUAAGAUUCACAUUUAAUACAAGAAACUUAUUGUUAAUGAACUCUAUAUACUUCUUGAAUUGAUAACAAAUGUUGCACGCUCAUGAUUUAUUGGCAGUGAAUUGAUUUUAAAGCACUUGCUUCCAAUAUCUUUGUUAUUGUUGAAAAUUUAUUCUUUUUAAUACAUAUUAUAUCUCUAUUAUGCAAGCAUUAUUAUUGCUGCUUUAUUUACCUUAUAAAUUUGCUGGCCAAAAUCUUUUAAAUUAUAUUAUCUAAUUUGCAAAUCUAGUAUUUUUGAGUACCAUAUAUUUCACCAUUUGUAGCUUGUUAUUGUUAAGCUUUAUAUAUUAUAAAUUUUUUAAGCUAAUAUCUUAUUUAUAUCUAAUUAACACCCUAUUUUCUUUUACCUUCCCACAUUUUCUUAAGCUUUUGGAUUAAAUAAAUAUGCAAAAAUUAUAUAGUUUUGCAUUUAGAAAAUGUCUUCAUGAUGCAGU